AUGGCUCUGGUGCGUUUACGCAGCCUCCUGCGCUCCGUCUCCGUCCGGGCCGAGGACGACGUGUUCACCAGUUGCUCUCCACCACAGGAGCUGAAGAUCACCGGGGGCAGCAUGCCCCCGCUGCCCGCCGGCUCCCCGCUGCACGUCCUGGGCGACUGGGAGACCUACAAGGACCAGACGGGCCGCCAUUACUACUACAACCGCUCCACCCAGGAGAGGACCUGGAAGCCGCCCCGAUCCAGAGACGCCAGCACGGGGAACUCCCGGGGGGAGAGCCACAGCGCCGGGGAGAGCUCCGAGACGGAUGGAGGCAGCUCCAGAAUUGCUCUGUCAGCCCCGGCAGAUUGUUAUGGGAGAUUCGAGUCGUCGGAGGAACAGGUUUCCAGCCCUCUGUCCCUGGAGGCUGCUCUGGGUCUCUGCUGGUGGUGGGGGGUUUCUGGUGACGGGUUGGUGACCACUCCUCUUUCGCUCUCGCCGUCUUUCCUCCCCUUCCUGUCGCUCUCCAUCGGCCGACUCCAGCCUCUGUCUUCGGAGGACACCUGCUUCAGUACCUACUCUAGCCAGUCAGACAGCCAGUAUGGCUCCCCGCCUCGUGGCUGGUCAGAGGAGAUGGAUGAGUACGGCCACACGCUGUACGUCAGCGACUAUACUAACGAGAAGUGGUUAAAACACGUGGAUGACCAGGGACGACCUUAUUACUACAGCGCUGAUGGCUCCAGGUCAGAAUGGGAGCUACCAAAGUACAACCUCUCCCCACCUCAGCUUCCCGGAGAGGCUCAGAAGAGCCGCAGCCUGGACAGGAAAAACGUGGAGCCCAUCGUCCUGACGAAGUGGAGACACAGCACGUACACGCAGGAGCCCAGCGAGAAGCGGCUGUUAAAAACCAGGCGCUUCCGCUCAGGCUCCGCCCGCCCGCACCCGUACAAACACCAAGAAGCCCCCCUGAGCCCAAAGCCCCCCUCUCCCGACUCUGAGUCCUGCUCCUCGUCUCCCAAGCCCCCCGCCUCUCCGUCAGAAAAGUGCGGGGUCCUGAACGUGACCAAGAUCACCGAGCAUGGGAAGAGAGUGCGGAAGAACUGGACCUCCUCCUGGACGGUCCUCCAGGGAUCAACGCUGCUGUUUGCUAAAGGACAAGGAGGCGGGACCAGCUGGUUUGGAGGCGGUCAGUCCAAGCCGGAGUUCGCUGUGGAUGUCAGGGGCGGAUCGGUGGAAUGGGCCUCCAAAGACAAGUCCAGCAAGAAGCACGUUUUGGAGCCCUGGGACUCCGACGAGGCCAUAGAGGAAGACAUGCCCGAGUCGCCCGGCGUGGAGAAACACGACAAGGAGAAGGAACACAGAGACUCCAAGAAGAACCGAGUCAUGUCCGGCGGCGCCCUGCGGCGGGCGGUGGAUAACGCCGUCCUGUCCCGUUUCUCCUCCGCAGCCAUGAAGCCCGCCGCCAGCCUGGACAACUCGGACAACAAGAAGACCCGACACAAGCUGAAGAAGUUCCUCACCCGCCGGCCCACGCUGCAGGCCGUCAGGGACAAAGGAUACAUCAAAGAUCAGGUGUUCGGCUGCAGUCUGUCCAGUCUGUGUCAGAGAGAGGGCGGCACGGUGCCCAGCUUCGUCCGGAUGUGCAUCGACCACGUGGAGAGCAGCGGUCUGUGUGUGGACGGGCUGUACAGGGUCAGCGGGAACUUGGCCGUUAUCCAGAAGCUCCGCUUUGCCGUCAAUCACGAUGAGAGGGUGAACCUGGCGGACGGGAAGUGGGAGGACAUCCACGUGACCACUGGGGCUCUGAAGAUGUUCUUCAGAGAGCUGCCGGAGCCUCUCUUCAGCUACGCUCUGUUCCACGACUUCAUCAGCGCCAUCAAGAUAUCUGACCACAAGCAGCGGGUGCAGUCCAUCAAAGAGCUGGUCAGACAGCUGCCCAGGCCCAGCCACGACACCAUGCAGGCUCUCUUCAAACACCUCCGAAAAGUGAUCGACCACGGCGAGGAGAACCGCAUGACCACGCAGAGUGUGGCCAUCGUGUUCGGCCCCACGCUGCUGCGGCCCGAAACCGAGACCUGGAACAUGGCCGUGCACAUGGUCUACCAGAACCAGAUCGUGGAGCUCAUCCUGCUGGAGUACGAGAACAUUUUCGGCCGGUAGACGCCGGAGGAGCCGCUUGGCUCCGCCCCCAACCCCCCCAGGCUCCGCCCCCC